AUGGAAAGUAACGUUUCUGGCAUUGGCAAACGACGGGCGAGACGUAACAAUGUGGGUGACGAAUUUCCAGCAGCUAAAAACGGCCAUCUGAAGACUCAGAAAUUGAACAAAACAGAUGAACAAGAUGAACAAGACGAAUCAGGCUUAGCAGUCGAUACCAAAACGAAAUCUGAUCAGGAUGGCUUGGGAACAGAACAGGAAGUGGAAGAACUACGGCUCUUGGCUAGAGAGCGCUAUUUGAAGGACCGUGAAAGACUGAAACUGCAGGUCUUGAAGCAGGAACUAGCCCUGCAAGAAGAAGACGUGUUGGCCCGUGGAUGGAACAACUUUAGCAAAGCUGAACGGGAUGAGAUUAAUCUGAAACGAGAAUUGGUAGCACUAGUUCAAGAUCGGGAAGUUCAGAGUGAAGAACACGGGUUCAGGCUACAAAACGAUUAUGUUGACGAAGAAGGUCGAAUAGACUCGGGUAGGAAGAAGCAGCUUUUACAAGCAAAGCAGGCGCCUAGAUCUGAAAAACAUAGUCGACAGCAGCUUUGGGAGGACCAACAGCUGAAAAAUGCGGUGCAGGCGUCUGGCGACACAGAUGAAAUUCGCGUUGAUGGGUCCGAAGAUUAUGAGUUUGUAUUUGACGAGGAAGCCAUGGUGGAGUUCACAGCUGAAGACGAAGAAAGCGCCAUUCCAGAAACCCAGGUUGAUUACAAUGAUAAGUUGAUCCAGGAACUUGACCGAGAACACGAAAGAUUGCAAACCAUCAAAGAUACGCGGAAAAGCUUGCCUGUAUACCGAUUUCGAGAACCGUUACUUGACGCCAUCAGAGCGAAUCAAGUAUUGAUAGUGGUGGGAGAGACAGGUUCCGGUAAAACUACCCAACUUCCUCAAUAUCUGGUCGAGGAAGGGUUCACACAGGAUGGGAAAUUUCAAAUAGCGUGUACACAGCCCAGGCGUGUGGCUGCAACAUCAGUGGCAACAAGAGUGGCGGAUGAAAUGAACGUAAUACUGGGAAGGGAAGUGGGAUAUUCGAUUAGAUUUGAUGAUAAAACAACACCAGAUACUACAGUACUCAAGUACUUGACUGACGGUAUGCUUCUGCGAGAGUUCAUGACAGACCCUGAAUUGAACAAGUACGCAUGCAUUAUCAUUGAUGAGGCCCACGAGCGUACGCUAUCGACAGACGUACUGCUGGGUCUCUUGAAGGAUAUUUUACCUCAUAGAAAGGAUUUAAAACUGAUCAUCUCGUCUGCUACCAUGAAUGCUGCCAAGUUUGCCGAUUUUUUUUACAACGCUCCAAUUUUCAACGUUCCUGGUCGACGUUUCCCAGUCGAUAUCCACUACACCUUGCAGCCCGAAGCCAAUUAUCUGAACGCUGCCGUGACAACAAUUUUUCAGAUUCAUACUACACAGCCACUACCUGGCGACAUACUUGUGUUUCUCACGGGCCAGGAAGAGAUAGAAGCAGCUCAGCAAAGUCUUGAAGAAAUAGCUCAUGUGCUGGGCUCCAAGAUAAAACCCCUUAUAAUUGCUCCGAUCUACGCCAACUUACCUCAGGACCAGCAAUCCAAAAUCUUCGAGCCCACUCCGAAGGAUUGUAGAAAAGUGGUCCUUGCUACAAAUAUUGCAGAAACGUCAUUAACAAUCGAUGGGAUCAAGUUCGUUAUCGACCCAGGGUUUGUCAAAGAAAACUCCUACGUACCGUCCACGGGCAUGUCCCAACUGUUGACGGUUCCCUGUUCAAGAGCUUCCGUGGAUCAGCGAGCAGGCCGAGCGGGUCGUGUCGGACCUGGCAAAUGUUUUCGGAUUUUUACGAAAUGGUCGUACUACCACGAACUCGAACUACUGCCUAAACCAGAGAUUUUGCGUACCAACUUGUCGCAAGUAAUAUUACUUCUGAUGUCCUUAGGCGUUACUGACUUACUUGAUUUUCCACUUUUGGAUAAGCCCAGCAUACCUGCCAUGAGCAAAGCCUUGGAGAAUUUAUACACACUAGGUGCACUGAACAGCAAAGGCGCCAUCACAAGACUAGGAAGGAUGAUGUGUGAGUUUCCGUGUGAGCCCGAAUUCGGUAAAGUUCUGCACACAGCAGCCACGCACGAAUCCUGCAAAGGCUGUUUAGAAGAGAUCAUCACAAUAGUUGCAAUGCUUCACGAAACUGCUUCCCUUUUUGUUCACCGUAAAAGUGAUCGCGAGCAGAAUAAAAGCGGUAUUGUUGGUAAAGUGUCAAGCGACCAUAUGCUUUAUUUGGAAACUUAUAACAAUUGGAAAGACAUGAACUACUCAAGGUCGUGGUGCAUCGAUCACAAGGUCCAAUUCAAAACGUUGCUGAGAGUCCGCAAAAUUCGCGACCAAUUUUGGCGCUGUUGUGAUAAUCUAGGACUGAUAGCUCUUAAUGAACAGGCGGCCAAAGCCAUCAGUGGUUCGGACAGAAUCGAAUCCCGCAUAAUCAAGAGUUUCAUUGCCGGUUUUCCUUCGAAUAUCGCGAAACUGGGAACUUCCGGGUAUCAAACGAUGGGAGCGCGCCAAGGAGGAGUAAAUGUGAGCGUUCAUCCUACGAGUACGGUGUUUCAGGCCCUCAGAAAAGAGAUGGCCAAACCACCGAAAUACAUGCUUUACCAAAGGCUGGUGCUGACCUCGAAGGAGUUCAUGAGAGACUGUUUACCGAUUCCACGCGAAGAUUGGCUGCAUGAAAUGGUACCACAUUAUUUUAGGAUUGCAGGUAAGCUGCAAAAUUAG